AUGGCUUCUCAUGGUUCUAUCUUAUCGUUAAUGUUGGUCGCGAUCAGUACUUUGUUUCUUAUUGAUGACAAUCACGUAACCAUGGUUCACGCAGGUCGCCGCUAUCUUUUAGAAACAACUCCAGAAAUUUCAGUUUCAAAAUUUCAACUUCCACCAUUACCAGAGUUGCCACCAUUGCCACAGUUGCCACCAUUGCCCAAGAUUGGCUUUCCAUCUUUCCACAAGCCGGAAUUUCCACCCCUGCCUAAGCUUGGCGGCUUCCCGUCUCUCCCCAAGUUGGAGUUACCACCAUUCCCUAAAAUUGACAUUCCGUCUUUUGCAAAGCCCGAAUGGCCAUCAUUGCCAAUAUUCGAAGAUAAAUCUUUAUCCAGGAAGCACGCUGAAGAGUUGCUAAAGCCAGAUUUGCCAAUAUUGGCGAAACCUGAACUGCCACAAAUUGUAGUGCCUACUUAUCUUCCAAAACCAGAGUUGCCAAAAACUGAUUUGCCAGAUCCUGAACUCUUCAAGCCAGAACUGCCAAAGCCGGAACUUCGCAAGCCUGAAUUGCCAAAGCCAGAAUUCCCCAAGCCCGAGUUACCAAAGGAAGAACUGCCAAAGACUCAACUAACGAAGGCCGAGUUCCCAACUUCUCGACCAAAGCCUGAGUUGCCAAAGCUUGACGAUCCAGCACUGACGCAACCGGAAUUGCCAAAGCUUGAUAUCCCAAUUUUACCCAAGGCCGAGUUAUCCAUUGUCCCAAAUAUCCCAAUUGAUCUGCCUAAACCUGAGAUAACACCAUUACCAAAAUUUGAAGACAAGCAGUCAGAAUUCCGUAACAUUCCUUUUAUUCUACCAGUGCCCACAUUGCCCAGCCUUCCCAAAAACCAUCGCAGUCAUUCUCAUGCUUACUCAAACAAGCCUUGA